AUGAGCACCAAUUUCAAUUUGGGAGGUGGCAGCAAGGGCUUUCGCAAGAAGAAACUGAAGCCGUUUGUAAGAUACCUGGAAGUAGAAUGCUGGAAACGAGCCGAACUUCGAGAAUUGGAACCCGUUUUUCAAGCUGUGGCGGAAGCUUGCAAGCAAAUCAGUCGGAUUGUUCAAAGAGCCAAGACAGAUGAUCUUUACGGGGAUGCUCUUGGUGCUGAUGGAGCUCCCUUGGAUGGGACUAAUAUACAGGGAGAAGUACAGCAGAAACUUGACGUUAUCUGCAAUACCUACAUGCUACGUGCUUUUUGUGGGUGCAGCAAGGCCAUCCACUCGGUCGCAUCGGAAGAAGAGGAUGAACCCCGUUGCUGUGCGGAUAUCAUGAGUGACUCGGCCUUUGCUGUUGGGGACUACGUUGCUGUCUUUGAUCCUCUAGAUGGAUCCAAGAAUAUUGAAGCCUCCUUGCCAGUUGGAAGCAUCUUUGGUGUGUACAGGGCACAACCAGGCGUUCCCAUUGACGGUGCCAAGAGUUUCCUUCAAACAGGUGGAAAUCUUGUUGCAGCCGGCUACUGUCUCUUCUCUGCUACGACCGUCUUGGUAAUAACUUUAGGGUCUGGGGUUGAUGGCUUUACGCUGGAUCCUGAUGUUGGACAGUUUCUACACACCCAUGAAGACAUUAGAAUUCCUGCAUCAGGGCCAAUCUACAGUUUUAAUGAGGCAAACUUUCGGGACUUUGAAGAUCCCGUCAAGCGCUAUCUUGCUGCGUUGAAGGAGGGAUCCAGCUCGGUUGGGAUGAGAUCGAAUGCCCGCUAUGUUGGGGCUUUGGUGGCUGACGUUCACAAUAUUCUCAUCAAUGGAGGUAUCUAUGGGUAUCCUGCCACCUUCUCUAAUCCCAGUGGCAAGCUAAGACUGCUCUAUGAGUCGGCACCAAUAGCUAUGAUUAUGGAAAACGCUGGUGGUGCUGGGUCAACAGGAAAGGGACGCAUCUUAGAUGUGAAACCGACCGAGAUUCACGAAAGAGUCCCCACCUAUCUUGGUAGCGUCGAGAACGUUUUUGAGCUUGAUCAGUUUAUGUCUUAUUACGGUGACGGAGAUGAAGAAAGCGAGGAAACCAGCUAA